UUGAAAACAUAUCAUUUCAGAUAUAAGGAUCCGUAAGAAGUCAGUAAGUAAUGGAGCAUUUCAAAACUAUUGCAGCUCUAGCUGCAAAAUACCAGACAUUUCUUGGUUACAGUGCCCUGUCCUUGCUGGCAGCUGUAGGUGAAACCUUAUUUUCAUCCAUAGCAUUCAGAUGUCCAUGCAACAGCUGGAGCCAUACCUAUGGUUUGGUCUUCCUUCUUGUUCCAGCCUUGCUAUUGUUCCUUCUUGGCUUUAUGCUCAAUAUGUCACUAUGGAAACAAGUCACCGGUUGCUGCAACACAUAUGCAUUUGUCCGUGGAUUCCGUUAUUGGUGUGUAAAGAAGUUACUCUGCUUGUACAUAGUUUUACAAGUGAUAUUUUUAUCAGCAUUGCCUCCAUUGACUUGGAUUGCUCUGGCUCUUCUAAGGGUCAAUUUUUAUGAAUGCAUUGUUUCGGGACUUCCUUUAGACUAUAUAAAAGAAAGAUUUUGUGGGAGCAAUGAUGUGUGCAUGAAAGAAUUACUCUUCAUACCCUGUGCAUCAUCUCUUAAAAUAAACCUUCCGCAGGCUGAGUUGGAACAAAUACAGGGUAACAUACGGGCUGAGUCACAGGUUCUUGGCUGGUGUCUCAUAGCUGUUGCCUUGCUUUUUGCUGUGGUAGUUGCCUGCAUGAGCAGAUGUUUAUCACCGGUCAGUCAUCUUCAACUAAUUUUUUGGAAAACUUACAUAGAAAAUGAGCAGAAGUUUUUCGAUGAAGAUUCUAAACAACAUGCUGCGCAACUUGCUGAAAGGAAUGUGAAAAGUUUCUUCAACAAGGAAACUCAAGCAGAAUUUCCAACACCAACAAACAAUCAUUGGAGCAGAAUCUCGAUGGCAAACUCAUGGAACAACAGAAAAACCUAUUAUUCACCAUUACAUAAAUUUAUAGAGAGAAAAAAUGAUAGUAUAAAGGCAUCCACCAUGAGUGUCCUCCCUCCAGCUGAAGUCAAUUUUGCAGUUAUGACUGUUUAGAAUAAAGAGCUUUCUAUCAGUUAGCUCUAGUUCACAUGCUUAGGGUACACUCACACAGUCAGGUUGCCAUAUGCAGUUGUGGAAGCCAGAACUAGAAAUUAAUUUAACAAAUAGUUAAAGUGUGUGCAAACAUUCUUUGGUAGUGUAUCCAUUUUUAAUGGCCAUUUUGCAUCCAUUUUGUAUCAGUUUGUAAUGGCUGUUAAAAAAAGGACAUUAAAAACGGAUGUAGUUAAUCUGCAUUUUUUUAACAAAAACAAGCCCUGCAGUACCCUCAUUAUAUCUCAUGCCGCUCAUAGUGCCCCUUGGACAUCAAAUGGCCCCUUAGUGACCCCCAGUAUGAAUAAUGCACCUCUAGAAGUAUAUAUAAUGGUCCUCUUAGUGGCCCAUGGUGUGUAUACAGCUUCUCUUAGUAGCCCCCAGUAUAGUGCUGAACAAAAGAAAAAUCACCUUAACCACUGGCAUGUGCUGCAAUACUCACUCCUCACUGAAGGCAGCAGGACCUGGGCUGAGAGAGCAGGUCCUGCUACAUCCACUGAGAAGUGAGUGUUCCAGCGCAUGCAAGUGGUUGAGGUGGGUAUUUUUUAUUUCCUUCAUUGUAAUCCAUGAAAGGCACUUUUUUCAGAGUGCAUCCAUUAUUAGCAGCUGUUAAAUGGGUGCACUUCUGUCUAAACAGCCAUUAAAAAUUGUCCCAUUGAUUUCAAUGGGGUUUAUCUAGCUGUGCUUUCUUCAUCUGUAUGUCUGUUCUGCAAAAGCUAGAACAUGUCCUAUACUUGUCUGCAAAAUGUGGACCCCGGACCCACUAUAGUCAGUGGACCGCAGGAUUUAUUUAUCUGCAGAUCUGCGGUUUGUGGGCCGCAAAAUGCUUACAGUCAUGUUCAUGAGGCCUAAGCCAUGAGUUCACAACUGUCUUAUUCCAAAUAAAUACUAUAUAUAGUAUGUGGUUGUCCACCUAGGUUCAUUUAAAGGGUUUCUACCACUUUGAUUUCACAUAAUUAGGUGUCA